CUGGCACGUCGUGUGGCUUUUGCUAAACAACCAAAGAUACAUUCAACGAGCGAAUAAAUCUUUUAUCGCGCGAAGGUUUGUUGCACGUUCAACGAUCGGACGAUCUCGUAAUUCCGUAACAGAAAAAAAAAAAAAAGAAACGUACGAGGAGCAUCAGUAGAAAAGCAUCGUCCAAUUAAGAGGUUCUCUUUCACUCGUGCGGAUUUAACGUGACAUCAAAGAAAUCCAUGCAUCAUAUCCAGGCCCGUCGCGACGACAGCUGCAUUUUCCCGGCGAUUUCUUAAAAACAUCGUCGCGUCGCGAGGUUGCCUCUGGGGGCGAAAAAGAAAAAUGUCAGAGAGAGCGAACGAGUGAGCGAGCCUUUGAGAGACACCGAGAGACGAUGACAGCUGCGCGUCGUUGUCGAUCAACAACGUUCUUUCUGCUUCUCGACGAAAGUGGCUUCGUUCGGUGACCGGUAACUCGAUCCAAUCCAUUCCAAAUCUACCAAAAUUUAUUUCCUACAACGACGAGACAGAAUUACUUUUCAAAGUCCUCCCUCUCUGGUCUUAUUUCCGAUACGUGUUGCAACUCGGUGUAAGGCGUGCACGAACGAACGAACGAACGAACGAACGAACGAACGAACGAACGAACGAACGCGAGCAGAUUUAUCAAAUAGGCGCGAGACACGCUUAAACACAUGUACAUUGUAAAAACAAGGGAGCACUUUUAAUCGAUACGUAUAACGAACCUUUUAACGAGUACAAAUUCCCUCCUCCCUCCGCUCUUUUUCAUUUUCUUCUACCAACCUUAUUUUCUACUUCGAAUGCAUCGCUCGACGAUAUCUGUGAGUGUCAUAAGUGUUAAUUCAUCGUUAAAAGCAUAUAUCGAGUCGGCAUUCAAAACGAGGAAGAGCCGAGUUUAAAAUCCAUCGACGCGAAAAGCGCAUCGUAGGCUCGCGCUUGUUUUGCGCCAUACUAUUGCGCUGUCUCCGUCAUCUUUUCUUCCUCUUAUCUCCUACAUGAAAGUACCGAUGUUUUUUAGAUGGACGACGAGUUAUCGUCGAAGUUAAUGCAUCCACGCACGACGAUGGGAUUCCGAGCAAUUUUCGGGUUCUAAUAAUAAGCGCUUAACGAAGAGCGUACGAGAAGAAAUAAUCGGUGCAAACUGUCAAAAGAGUUUUAACUAAGGAAUAAAAUUAAUCGACGAUUCGCAAAAUUAUUCGCGAUAAGCGGUAAAGUGCAUGAACGAAUACGAGUUUCCAAGUCGACGCACGUAUUCGUCGACAUUUUCGUCGAUAUAUAUUUUAAUAAUCAAGCCAGACAGAAGAAUUCAUCCGAUGGAUCGCAUCCGCGACAAACCCCGCGCCCCUUUUGCCCGUUCUUUCCCGUCUCCUGUCUCCUAUUUACGGUCUAUUUUCAUGAAAUAAUAAGUUACGGCUUAUGCGUAACUGUCAGAGUUAAAAACGAUAAAUAAACAAGGCGAGCUCGCGGCUAGCAUUUCCUUCGAGGCUUUCCAUUCGCAACAGGAUGAUGUCGCGUUCUCACGGACACGGAGAAUGAAAAUUUCGUUUCAUAAUCGGCCCGAACGAAUCAACGAAGAACGAAUAACGUCGAACGACCGUGCAUAAUUGUGCUCCGAUUUGACAUCGUCCAAAGCGGACGAAAACUUCCGUUAUCGAAGGCCCGAGUGAGGAUUUUUCCGCAAAACUCUGCGUGUUAAAGCCGCAAUGGCGAGGUUACCGGUGGUCCUCCUUUUCCUGAUAUCUCCGCCUUUUCUCGACAACGGAGAUGCUCUGAUACAAGACGGCUUAUCCAAGUUGUUGUUCGGCUCCCUGGCUACGAUAAAAAACGUAAGGAUCCCCGAGUUACUGAAUCAAUUGUGCAACGAAUCGCAAGGCGCCAACGUUACGCUGCGCGAUGCCUGUUACGGUUGCUUUUAUAGGGCGAGCAAUCAACCAACGGGAUAUCCCUUGCUAUUAAGAAUGUCCGCGUGCGCGGACAUGUACCUGAAUAAUACCGAUUACGGUCACUGCCAAGCCUAUCUGAGAAAUGCGACGAAUAAUUUGAACAACCGUGUCGGUCCUGUUACGAUCUACUGUACCUUCCUCGAGUGCAUUCGGCAAGUGAACAAGGACACGCUGGAUGCUUUGCGCGCAACCAUAAGGGAAGAAGGAACAACGACGGGCCGGAAAGCACGAAGGAGGAAUUCCGGCUUUAUAAUAAAAAUAUAUCCUCGCACUUUGAGAGCCGUUUGCGCGUUCAGAGAACGGCAAAACACCGAUUCCAUUACCGUACGACCCGGAGCAGAGCCCAUCGAUCCCAGAACGAAUCCUGCAAGUCCUCGAAAAUCCCAAUUAGAAACUUUUGUCUCCGACGCUUUAAUUACAUGCACCAAGAGCCGACUGUAAUAAGUCCCCUUGUAUAUAGGCGCAUACGUACGUACUCACGUAUUUACGCGUGUAAGUAGAUGGUGGUGUGUAGAUAGGUAUACGAUAAUCCCAUCCCAUGGAAUGCAUUGUAUAAACAACAAAAAAGCUGUAUGUAUGUAUAUAAAAGUCCUUUUAUACGA